UGCGCUCUGCUCUGCUCUGGCACAGCCGGCCCCGGCCCCGGCCCCGGCCCGCGGCGGCUGUGAGUGGCACGGAGCGUUAAGGUGUCCGGGCUCCCUUCGCGCUCGGACUGCGCCGUUCUCCCCGGUGUCCUUCCCCCGGGGCUCUGGCGUGAGCCGCCGUGCUGCUCGCUCUGCACUACUGCCCCCCGUGCGGAUAUGCAAGAUGCCUUUAACCGGCUUGGCUCGAAGCAUCUGAGAGGAACUGCAGCUCAAGAUGAGAACCAACAAGGUGUACAAGCUCGUCAUACAUAAGAAGGGGUUUGGAGGCAGUGAUGAUGAACUGGUGGUGAAUCCUAAAGUAUUUCUUCAAAUCAAGCUGGGAGAUGUUGUGGAAAUUGCACAUCCCAAUGAUGAAUACAGUCCCCUGCUUCUCCAAGUGAAGUCGCUUAAGGAAGAUUUGCAGAAAGAAACGAUAAGUGUGGAUCAGACAGUUGCACAAGUGUUCCGCCUGCGGCCCUACCAGGAUGUCCAUGUCAAUGUUGUUGACCCAAAGGAGGUGACCUUGGACUUGGUGGAGCUGACAUUUAAGGAUCAGUAUAUUGGGCGUGGGGAUAUGUGGCGACUGAAGAAGAGUUUGGUCAGCACAUGUGCAUAUGUCACCCAAAAAGUUGAAUUUGCAGGUAUCAGGGCCCAGGCAGGUGAAUUGUGGGUAAAGAGUGAGAAAGUCACUUGUGGAUACAUCAGUGAGGACACCCGGGUGGUCUUCCGCUCCACGUCUGCCAUGGUUUAUAUUUUUAUCCAGAUGAGCUGUGAAAUGUGGGAUUUUGAUAUUUAUGGGGAUCUAUACUUUGAGAAAGCUGUGAAUGGUUUCCUUGCUGACCUCUUCACAAAAUGGAAGGAGAAGAAUUGCAGCCAUGAAGUGACAGUGGUUCUAUUUUCAAGGACAUUUUAUGAAGCAAAAUCUAUAGAUGAGUUUCCUGAAGCACAUCGUGCAUCAAUUCGGCAGGAUCAUGAGGGAAGAUUUUAUGAAGAUUUUUACAAAGUCGUAGUUCAGAACGAGAGGCGGGAGGAGUGGACCUCCUUGCUUGUGACCAUUAAAAAGCUUUUCAUCCAGUAUCCUGUGCUGGUACGACUCGAGCAAGCAGAGGGCUUUCCUUCAGGUUACAAUUCUACCUCAGCACAAGGGAACUACCUGGAGGCUAUAAAUCUUUCAUUCAAUGUGUUUGACAAGCAUUACAUCAACCGCAACUUCGACCGCACGGGGCAGAUGUCGGUGGUGAUCACCCCCGGCGUGGGCGUGUUCGAGGUGGACCGGCUCCUCAUGAUCCUGACCAAGCAGCGCAUGAUUGACAACGGGAUAGGUGUGGAUUUGGUGUGUAUGGGAGAGCAACCCUUGCAUGCUGUACCACUCUUUAAGCUCCAUAAUCGCUGUGGCCCUGGUGACUCACGAAUGGGUGAUGACUACAAUAUCCCACACUGGAUAAAUCAUAGUUUCUACACAUCCAAAAGCCAACUCCUGUGUAACAGCUUCACUCCACGGAUCAAGCUGGCAGGAAGGAAGCCACUGACAGAGAAAGCAAAAAAUAAUCGUGAUGCCUCAUUAGGAGCUCCAAAGGAUGCUGAGAAUGCCUUGCCUAUCCAGGUAGAUUAUGAUGGCUAUGAUGCCCAGGUGUUCAGACUGCCAGGCCCAGCCAGAGCCCAGCGCUGUACCACUUUCAGGUCAGUGAGGGAGAGGGAAAGCCGCACGAGGAAGAGCUCCAGCUCGUACGACGUCUCGUGCAGCCCCUCCCUGCAGAGCCGCGCGCUGCCCCCGGAAGAGGUGAGGAGCCAGGCUUCUGACGACAGCUCUCUGGGCAAGAUCUCCAACAUCCUGAUGAUCCCACGGCCUCACCUGCACCAGUGUGAAGUCAGCAGCUCCUUGGGCUAUACCAGCACCAGAGAUUUCCUUGAGAACACGCUGGAGUCGCAGCAGCGCGACUCCAGCGCCCCGGGGCGGUUCCACGUGGGCAGCGCCGAGUCCCUGCUGCACAUCCGCCCGGGGGGGUACGCGCCCCAGCGCGCCCUCAUCAACCCCUUCGCCCCGUCCCGCAUGCCCAUGAAGCUGACGUCGAACCGCAGGCGCUGGAUGCACACCUUCCCCGUGGGUCCCUCAGGAGAAGCUAUCCAGAUCCACCAUCAAACCCGCCAGAAUAUGGCAGAAAUGCAGGGCAGUGAGCAGCAGGAUUUGACACAUUCCUCUGCAGAGCUGCUGGAGCUGGCUUACCAUGAGGCAACUGGCAGACACGUCAGCUCUCGGCAUCCAGGGGAUAGUGCCUCCUUCCUGAGCUUCAGCGGGACGGAGGAGUACGGGAACGGGCUGGGGGCCGGCCCGGGCACAGGGGUGAACCUCAAAACUCAGAACAAGGAUUCCUUGGAAGAUGCUGUCUCUAAUUCUCCAGAUCCAAUUCUGACGCUGUCUGCUCCCCCCAUAGUGCCAGGCUUCUGUUGUACAGUUGGAGUGGACUGGAAAUCCCUGACCACCCCGGCCUGCCUCCCUCUCACCACGGAUUACUUCCCCGACCGCCAGAGCCUGCAGAACGAUUACACCGAGGGCUGCUACGACCUGCUGCCAGAGGCUGACAUUGACAGGAGGGAUGAGGAAGGAGUGCAGAUGACAGCCCAGCAGGUGUUUGAGGAGUUUAUUUGUCAGCGUCUCAUGCAAGGCUAUCAGAUUAUUGUGCAAUCCAAGCCGCAGAAGCCGGCCCCAGCCGUGCCACCCCCACUCAGCAGCAGUCCCCUGUACAGCAGAGGUCUUGUGUCAAGAAAUAGACCUGAGGAAGAGAAUCAAUACUGGCUGAGCAUGGGCCGUACUUUCCACAAAGUCACCUUAAAAGACAAAAUAAUUACUGUGACUCGGUACCUGCCAAAGUAUCCAUAUGAAUCUGCUCAGAUAAACUACACCUACAGCUUGUGCCCCUCACACUCUGACUCGGAAUUUGUCUCUUGCUGGGUAGAAUUUUCCCAUGAGAGACUUGAAGAGUACAAGUGGAAUUACUUGGAUCAGUAUAUCUGCUCUGCUGGUUCAGAGGAUUUCAGCCUUAUCGAGUCCCUGAAGUUCUGGAGGACGCGGUUCCUGCUGCUGCCCGCCUGCAUCAGCGCCACCAAGCGCAUCAUGGAGGGCGAGGCGCACUGCGACGUGUACGGCGACAAGCCCCGCUCGGACGAGGAGGAGUGGCAGCUCCUCGAUGGCUUCAUCCGCUUCGUGGAGGGCUUGAACCGCAUCCGCCGCCGCCACCGCUCCGAUCGAAUGAUCCGAAAAGGGUCUGCCAUGAAAGGCUUGCAGAUUGCUGGUCCAAUUCCCACUCACUCCCUGGAGCAGUCUGGGCCUCCCAUUGGGAAAAAAGGAACCUCAGCACUCUCAGCUCUGCUGCAGAUGGAAGCCAGUCAGAAGACUCUGGGGGAGCAGCAAACAGCAAUGCUUUCUGGGAAGAGCUCUGUCCAGCCUUCAGAGAGUGGGAGCAUUGCUAUCACACCCACCUAUAUGGACAGCCCUCGGAAGUAAGGGCUGCUCCUGUGCUGGCCUUUGUGUGCAAGGACAGAGGAAUUCAAUUCUGUAAGAGUGAAAAUGGUGUGGAAUCCCUGGCAUGCUGUCUCAGCAGUUUGCUGAUGUAAGUGCUGUUUGCUAAUUAGUGCAUUUCCUUUGCUGGUAGCACAUUUCAUUUCAGUCAUGGCUUGACUGUUGGGUGUAGCAGUACAGUGCUGUGUGCUUCUGCGUGCAGGCUGUCUUGGAGAGCAAAAUCAACCUCUAGAUUGUGACAGUGUGAACACUGAGUGGGAUUUUAACAGCAGGAACUUGAGUCUCUUGCCUCUGUUUAGAGGAGGGGGUGUGUUCCUGAGAAGUGAUUUAGAUGUCAUUCCUUCACUGGCUGGACUCCAUGCUGGAGAAAUGGUCUUCUUGGAGCUCUCUUGAGACACUUAAAGAAAAGACUGUGCUAUCCCUCAGCCUUUCUGAAAACUGUCCUGUGAGACCCAGGAGAGCAGGAACUCUGCCUCCAAGUCCUACCAGAAAUGUUUGGUUAUUUUUUUGUGUUCUGACAUGAAGGUAUUUCAACAGAAGUAACAAGGAACUGAAUAAAGGUAAAGGACUUAAAUGUGACCUGUCUUUGGGUUCAACAGUUCAAAUAUUGCAAAGAAAAGGUUCUCAGAUUCACCACUAUCAACCACUUAUUUCAGCAUUUUUCUCUAAGCAUCUAAUGUUUCUACAUCCACUGUUUUGUGCCACCACCAGGAACAAGUAUUGUGUUAUCCUGGAGACCUAGAUAUGGAAAAUUGAAGUGAUAGAGCAACUGUGAUAAUCUUAGUACUAGACACUUACUCGUAGUAUCAGUGUUUGGAGAGCACAGAUGAGAGUCUGGAGCAGGAUGUGCCAGGCCUGGAAACAGUAGGUGCUCAAACUGACUUGAGGCACGAGUGCAAACUUCCAUAUCAUAAUUCAGGCUUUGUAUGCUUCUCUUCUACCAUUUUGAAAAAUCAGCUUCUCUCUUUAAAUACAGAAAUCUUAAAUGUCCCCCUCUACCAGUAAAACUGGUGAAAAUUCCAUGUGAGAAACAGGAGAGAAGAAUGUUAUGUCCAGUUGUUCUGUGUGGCAGAGGGGGAAGAGGCAAAGUGGGCUUCCCUAGCAGUGGCACAGGAGUGUGCUGGGACCAGAUUAGCAGAGUUUGUGCUACCAGAAAAUGCCCUCAUGAGUAAUGUUAAAAGUAAUGUUCAAAAGCCUCUUUGGAAGGCUGUCUGGAGACUCUGGAAGAGUGUGUUAUCAACUGAAGGCCUUUCAUGCUGCAGCUGUAAACACUCCUGUAAAUAUUUACACACAGGACUGGGAGAUAAGCAAUUGCAAUCUCCUAAUUGAUGGCUUAUCCCUGUUGGAAAGAUGCCAGUGGGCAGGCAGCAUUGUGCUCACUUGGGAACAGCAGCAAGUGUGUGCCUCGUGUCACAGCCCCUGCAGGGCUCCUCAGCACGGGGAGGUCUGGCUUUCCACACACUUGCAGCCAGAGAAUUGACAAAUUAUCACAGCUGUGAGCUCUGCCAGCACCCAAGGGAACAAGUGCUUUUCUAGGAUGCCCUUCAGUGCUUGAGUUAUUCCAGAUGAAAACUCAGCCACUGGCUUUGCAUCACUUUGUUUCAGAGUAGAAUUGACAAGUCACUUGAGCCAGUUACUGGGCAACACUGUGGUUUUAACCCAGUGAGUUCACUUGAUCCAUGAUGUGUUUGGGAAGUCUUUGCCCUUAUGGAUCCAGGGCACUUGGCUCUGCUUCUGCACAAUGUAAAUUGCCAGUCAUGUAACCCCGGCAUUGAUUCUUCCCAGAAAUUGUUUUCUGUCUACCUACCAAGGUAAGCAUCAUCUUAACUGCAGGCUAGACAAAAAUAUUUUGCCAAGGGAACAGAAUAAAGAGUUGCAAAUAGGGAAUGAAAAUCUAGAUGAGUUCCACUGCAUUGUCUUAUGUGAUAAAAGAAUCGUGACACAUCUUUGAAUAGCAGCUGGGGAUAAAUUCACCGGGGUUUGUCAGUAGGCAGGAACAUAGCAGAGGCAGUGUCUAAUUUUGCAUGAAGUAUUAAACACAGUGUUGGAAGGAUCUUUGUGAUGACUUUUUCUUCCCUUUCCUUUGCACCAUACCAGACCUGCAUGUAAGAGGAAGAGGGUGCUUUCUGAAAAGAGCUCCUUUGCCUGUCCCUCUUUAUCAUUUGAAUGUCUAACAGAUUAGAAGAAAAAUCUGUCCUCCUUUGGGUAUUUGUCAUUACACCUGUGGUUUCUGUAUUUCAGUUUUGUAUUUGGGAUGGAAGCCCCCAUACUUCAGAGCUCAAGACUUUCUCCUUUGAAGUAUGGAGGGAAGGCAGCAAUUUCAAUUGGCUUCUGAUCAGUGUGGGUUUAAAAAUCUUGGGAAUGCAUCUGUGUCAAGGAAGAGCAAUGUCUUGUUACAGAGAGAGAAAGUAAAGAUGUGUGUGAGUAAUUCCUGAUGCUGUGCAUUCUGCUGCAUCGUACCUUCUGGGUCUGGGAUUUGCAUUCUCCUCAUACUUUCUCUCUGUGGUCAUUUCAUACUUGCACAACCUUGUAUUUGCUUUUCUUGAACUCCUUGUUCCUGUUGCUGUUGCCAUUAAUGGGCCUACUUCCUCUG